CCAGUCAGCGCAAAAAAGUUUCAGCAAUUUAAGAGAAGCAGGUGGAGCGGACAAUUGGAUUUAAUUGAGUCAAACUUUUGAAAAGCAAACCCCAGCGAUGGGAAAGCGUGUGGAAAAGCGACGGGGAAAGCCUUGGCUACUCGUCCUGCCAUUGGUUAUUGCCUUAAUCCUUGCUGCGUCUGCGCCGGCCGUGACGUCAUUGGCGGCGCUGCCGAAGGACGAUGCCGUGGGGGAUGCUGCGUUCGCAGCCAAAAUCCUUGAAGUCCCAGAACCCAACAGCGCAGUUCAGGAUUGGAGUUUGCUGUGUAAAGAGCUCUGCGGAGCUGGCCUGGGCGUUGCCUCAACGCCUGGUGGGGCCAAGCACGCGAUCCUGAGACCGGAGCUCGAUGUGGCCAAGUGCCGGCAACUGUGUGGACUGCCUAGAGCCGAAUGGGGCGACAAGAUCUGCUCGAGCUUCUGCCAGCAACGAAGUCGCUCCCUGCCCGGCUGCAGUCCCUGCCAGCAGGAGGUGCAGAGAAAGCAGGAGGAAGAUGUUUGGAGAGAGGAGAUGAUGGCCAGUGGAGUGCAGGGCAAGACUACAUACGGUUCCGGAUCCGAAAGGCCAAUGCCGAUGCCGAUGCUCGGGGAGGCGGUCCAAGUGGCCACCGCUGCACCGAUAGUAGCAGCAGCGGAGACGGAUGCCACGACUGCGGCUCCGGACUGGAACGAAGUGUGCAAGGUGCUCUGCAAGACUGGCGAUGGCGGGUCUUUGUGCAACUGUGAUUUAUCGCCGUUCUUUACCUAAGGAUCCCAGGUCCUCGCGAGGGGAUAUCUUCGAUGGAUCCUCCGGAUGGAGGCGCUAAAUCACAAACCGAUUAUAUAUAGUUCGAGAAUUAUAUGACGUUUUGUUGUUCUUCGUUUUUGGACUUGAGUUAGUGCUAGUGUUGUCUUUACAUAUUCCAUUAUUAUCUAUAUUCAAAAUCUUGUUGCGAGAGUUUAGUUCCAAUAUCUUUGUAUAAAAAAGAACAAGAAAAACUAUAGGAAAAGCAAAAGAAAAAAUGCAAAAAGAGAAGAAUAUACGAGGACGAUGAGGAGAUGCAAAAAAAUCCCUAUGCGAAUCAAUUAAUUUGUAACUAAUUUCAAUUUAAAAAAAGUAACUAUAGAAAGCUAUAGAGUAAGAGGAGGGGGCGACCCCUCUGCAAACAACAGAAUCACCCAGGGCUUCCAGUGCUCCCUUGGGGGGACGAGGAUCUUCGGAUCCUUCAAUUCCCAAGAGGACACAACCCGUAAUUAAGUGAUUGAUUAGUCGAGGAGUUUUUUGACUAAGGAGACACACGAAGGAUGAGGAAAAUCAACAACCAAUUCAAUAUCAAAGUACACAACAUAUCGUGGCACCCACACAGCCACACAAAACCACUCACACCCUGAUUUUGGAUUAUAUCCCUUGGUUCGAUGGAAUCAGCAUAUCAAUUUACCACGACGAGGCAGCAGAAGAAGAAGUUGGUAUCCAAAGAAUUUCCUUUGUUUUGGCUUACAAGUUAUUGGCGAAUCAAAAGCGUUGAGAUAUUUAAAUCAGCAUCAAUUACGAGUGUCGCAAUUAGGCCACGAGCCAACCAAGAGUUUAGUGUUGGUUACGGCCCUUAAACCAUAUAAUAUAAAUAUUAACAAAAUAUAAAAACAAAAAAAAAAAACAAAAGAUAAUAUACAAUAUAAAUGUAAUAUCUAAUUGGUCUAUAUAUCCACACAGAUGAGUUGCGAUUGCAAAUCAGAAACUCAGAAAACGGGAGACAUGGAUAUCUACCAGGUCUACCGUUUACCACUAAAUCGUAACUAAAGUUAUCUUAAUAUCUAGGUGUCAUAUUGUUCAGCAGUAAAUAAUUCAAUAUAACAAUUAUUUAUGAGGAAGACAUUUUUUCGCAUUGCAUUGAAAAUUUAUGGAAGACUUUUCAAGCAAAACAGCAGCAACAUCGCUAACGCAUUCUGGAAGACAUGCGUUUCUUCAGCACGGCCUGGUCAUCGGCUAAAAAUCAUCUAGCUAUAAGUGAAAUAAUAAUAGUAAUUAUAAUAAUAAUAAUAGCAUUUUCGAAUUCGAACCCGAAGAUCUACGAAGUCACGCUGUGACUGACAAUAAUUAACAAAACUAAGGAGGAGAACAGCAGGCAAGGAAGUUCGCAUACUCAGUGUCUAUAUAUCAGUACUAAUAUGUAUUAAUAUUAUUAACCGCGCACUUAUCAACAAUAUAUAAUAUAUAAAAUAUAUAUUAAUAUAUGUAUUGCACCAACGUUAUAUUAGACAAUAUCGCAAUGUUUAAGGCAAUUUUCAGAGCACAUUCAUUGAUAACCUAAUGCGGCUUCAGUAUGUAAUCGAUGUGUAGCAAGUUAAUCACACUAACUAAACAUAAUAAUGCACUUUACAUUUAUGUAUAUGUAUAUGUGUUAGGCGUUGCGUUUCUGCCAUGAAUACAGCGGCUAACUAACCGAAUUAUGCUGGAAUAAUAUCAAAAUAACCAACAGACACAUCAUCAUCAAUUACGAAUUAUUAUCAGAGUGUAAAACCAACCGAUGAUACCGUUUCGAAAAGUCGAUUUUAGUUCACAAAAAAAUAAAAAUAAACACAAAAUAAAAUAGAUUUAAAGGCAAUUGCACACAAUGUAAUCGAACAAAAUAAAAAGCAAACUAAACAACCAAGCAAAACUAAAGGCAAAUAUAUCUAUUAUACGUUAAUGUUGUGUAAAAGCCCCUCUGAAAAA